AGCACAAUAGACAAUCUCGAAGUCGCACGUCAAUGGCUUCGAUCAAGGCCUAUGGGAAGAUCAACGAAGCCGAGCAAGCAGCGCUCGACUCUCGCCGCCGUCACCGGAAGAGAACCAUCGUCAUAGGCUUAUCCUCCGUCGUUCUUGUCGCCAUCGUGGUCGCUGCGGUGGUCGGUACCUCGGUGCACGCCAGCAACAAGAGCAACGGGGAGCCUCAACCGCUCUCGACGUCGGUGAAGGCCGUGUGCGAUGUCACGCUGUACAAGGAUUCGUGCCUUAGCUCCCUUGCCCCGAUGGCCAACUCGAGCGGCCAGGUCCGCCCCGAGGAUCUGUUCAAGCUGUCGAUCCGAGUGGCCUUGGAGGAGUUGGCCAAGGCCGCUGGCUAUUUCUCCGAGCCAGGAACGGUCUUCAAUAACAACGCGGUGAACCAGACGGCGAGUGCGGCCCUGGAUAGCUGCCGCGAGCUCCUCGGGCUUGCGCUGGACCAUUUGAACAGCUCGCUGUCAUCGAGCGAUGCCUCGAACGUGCUCGAUUCGGCAGACGAUCUCAGGACCUGGCUCAGCACGGCCGGGACGUGCCAACAGACGUGCAUCGACGGGUUUGACGAAUCGGCAGGAGCACUCAAAGAGAAUGUUGCGAGCUAUCUCAAGAACUCAGGUGAACUGACGAGCAAUAGCCUUGCGAUCAUCACUUGGAUUUCGAGUAUCGCGAGCUCGUUCAAGCUAAGGCGGCUCAUGAGCUUGCCUCACCCCUACCACCACCUCGGCCGCCACCAUGACCACCACAGAGUGCCGAAAUGGGUGCACCGGAAAGACCGCGAGCUGCUUCAGAGCUCCGAUUUGAGAAAGAAAGCAAAUGCUGUUGUGGCCAAAGACGGUUCCGGCAAGUACAAGACCAUCGGAGCUGCAAUGAAAGCCGUGCCUGACAAGAGCAAGAAAACGUUCAUUAUCUACGUGAAGAAGGGGGUAUACAGCGAGAAUGUGCGGGUCGAGAAGUCGAAGUGGAACGUCGUGAUAGUCGGCGAUGGGAUGGAUGCGACGGUCGUCACUGGUAGCCUGAAUGUCGUCGACGGGACUCCGACGUUUCAGAGCGCAACUUUCGCUGUUUUUGGCAAAGGCUUCGUUGCUAGGGAAAUGGGAUUCCGCAACACCGCCGGCCCAGCCAAGCACCAAGCAGUGGCUCUCAUGUCGACUGCCGACCAGUCCAUUUUCUAUCGGUGCCGCAUGGACGCCUUCCAGGAUACCCUCUACGCUCACUCCAACCGCCAGUUCUACCGGGACUGCAACAUCUACGGCACGGUCGACUUCAUCUUCGGGAACUCCGCGGUCGUCUUCCAGAACUGUACCAUCCUACCCAAGACGCCCAUGCUCGGCCAGCAGAACACCAUCACUGCUCAAGGCAAGAUGGAUCCUAACCAGAACACUGGCAUCUCGAUCCAGAACUGCACCAUCUGGCCAGCGGGGAACUUGACCAAUGUCCAGACAUUCCUCGGGCGGCCGUGGAAGAACUACUCUACCACGGUUUACACGCGCUCCAUGAUGUCCAACAUCAUCAGCCCGAACGGGUGGCUACCGUGGGUUGGCAACUCAGCCCCAGACACCAUAUACUACGCGGAAUUCCAGAAUUACGGACCAGGGUCUAACACCAAGAACAGAGUCAAGUGGAAGGGACUGAGAUUGAACCUUUCGACGAAGGAAGCCAGUAAGUUCACGGUCAAAUCCUUCAUCAAAGGCGACAAAUGGAUCAAGCCGGCGGAUAUCACAUAUAACCCAAGUUUGUGAAUUUGAUACCGUGUAAUCACGACUUCUUCGAAUGCGGCUUUUCUUUUGCGGUUCUUAUUGCUUGCUGAUUGAUAACUUUGUAUGAUUGUUAUAAUUGAAUUCUCCUAUAUGUAAUGCCUUGAUUGAUUGGGAUUAAGGGGAACGAAAUGAGAAUACUAAGUGAA